AUGACACCGCGUCUACGAGAUACCUACUUAUCAUUAGCCGCACUACCUACACAGCAUGUCACAACUAGACCGAGCUCCUCGCACUCGCACUCCAACUCCAAGUUCCUGCGAUCGGACUUCGCCAAUCAACCGUUCACCGGCAGUUAUGAGCCUGGUCUCCGUACCUCCGGUCCGCUCGGUGGUGUCCAGUAUGGCUCCCCACGCCUAACACCCAAGAUGCUCAAGCAGCAUCUAGAUCAGUUCGUAGUCGGGCAAGAACGAGCCAAGAAAGUUCUCAGUGUAGCAGUCUUCAAUCACUAUCAGAGAAUACAAGAGCUAGAACGGCGAGAGGCUGAGGAGGAAGAGCUGUUGGCCCAGCGCGAACGACGAGAGCGGCAUCCUGUCGAGAGCGAGUUCCCGGGUCAGCAGCCCACUAUACGAAUGGUCCCCGCUGGUCAUGAUAUCAAUACACGAUCAGCGUCACCUUUGGUCGAUACCACACCCCUCACACUCGAGAAGUCAAACAUCCUGCUGCUGGGCCCAUCAGGCGUCGGAAAGACACUAAUGGCAAAGACUCUGGCAAGAGUCUUAUCGGUGCCCUUUUCAAUGUCAGACUGCACACCAUUUACCCAGGCCGGAUACAUCGGAGAAGAUGCAGAAGUCUGCGUGCAUAGAUUGCUAGCAGCCGCCAACUACGACGUCGAGCGUGCUGAGCGAGGGAUCAUCUGCUUGGAUGAAAUCGACAAGAUUGCUACCGCCAAAGUCAGCCAUGGCAAGGACGUCUCGGGUGAAGGCGUCCAGCAAGCUCUGCUCAAGAUCAUCGAAGGAACAACUAUCCAAAUUCAAGCCAAGCCAGAAAGAAACGCGCCUCGUGCGGGCGGUCAAUCUUCCACUUACCCGACCAACAGCCCACUCGGAAGUCCCGCUGGCUCCUCAUCACCACAGAAAGGCGAAGUCUACAAUGUCCGCACCGACAACAUUCUGUUCAUCUGCAGUGGUGCUUUCACCGGUCUGCAAAAGCAUGUCAUGGAUCGACUUGCUAAGGGUAGCAUUGGCUUCGGCGCUCGUGUCAGGUCGAGCGGUGGGCUUGCUUACGAUGCAUCCCGCGAUCAAAAGUCGACCACCAACAACCCUGUGCCCAUCAAGCCAGGCUCCGAAGAAGAAGCUCUCUACAAGAAGCACCUUCCCUUCUUUACACCAGCUCCUGCUCCCGAAGAAGUGGUAGACGGCAUUGCUGUCGAGCCCUCCUACUUCAAUCCUCUUGAUCUCAUGACACCUGCAGACUUGCAAUCAUACGGCUUCAUACCCGAGCUCAUCGGCAGGAUACCAAUUUCCGCUGCACUGGCGCCCCUCACCCACUCUUUGUUACUACGAAUCUUGACCGAGCCUCGGUCAUCGUUGCUCGCUCAAUACAUCACACUGUUCUCGCUCUCUAACAUCGAGCUUGCCUUCACCACGCCUGCUCAGCAUGUGGUUGCAUCCAAUGCUCUGGCCAUGGGUACAGGUGCGCGUGCUCUACGCACCGAAAUGGAAGCUAUUCUUGGCGACGCCAUGUUCGAGGCACCAGGUUCAAGCGUCAAGUAUGUGUUGAUUACGGAGAAAGUCGCCAGACGCGAGGAAGGCGCUCAUUAUCUGGGUCGCGGUCAAGGCGGACGAUUCCAUACAAUGAUUGCAACCGAAGAGCAUGAAUGGGAAGAGAAACAGAAGAAGCAUGGCCAUCCAUCCUCCGCAAAAGCACAUCAGUCUAGCGACAGCUUUGAGCAAUGGAGGACAAUCACGACUGCUGCUGCCGGGAGUGGCGGGUGA